AUGCAGGCCAUCAAGUGUGUCGUCGUCGGUGAUGGUGCCGUCGGUAAGACUUGUCUUCUGAUUUCUUACACCACCAACGCUUUCCCCGGCGAGUACAUCCCCACUGUCUUCGACAACUACUCCGCCAACGUCAUGGUCGACGGCAAGCCCAUCAACCUCGGCCUGUGGGAUACCGCCGGCCAGGAGGACUACGACCGUCUCCGCCCCCUCUCCUACCCCCAGACCGAUGUCUUCCUCAUUUGCUUCUCCAUCGUCAACCCCUCUUCGUACGAGAACGUUCGCAGCAAGUGGUUCCCUGAGAUCAGCCACCACUCUCCCAAGACCCCGAUCAUCGUUGUCGGCACCAAGCUCGAUCUUCGUGAGGAUGUUGAUACCAUCUCUCGUCUCAAGGAGAAGCGCCAGGCUCCCACCACCUACCAGCAGGGUCUCCAGAUUGCCAAGGAGAUCGACGCCGUCAAGUACCUCGAGUGCUCUGCGCUCACCCAGAAGGGCCUCAAGAACGUCUUCGACGAGGCCAUCCGUGCCGUCCUGGCCCCCCGCUCUCCCCGGAAACAGAGCAAGUCUUGCCUCCUCUUCUAA